GCCACUUCUCAAGGAAAGGAAGCGUCAGUGCAUUUAAGCGGCCACGGUUUUUGUUGUAGGCCUUUUGUAUGUGUUAGCCCAUUUCUAGAAGGGACCCAUAUGUGACUGCUUCGUCUCUGGCUGUCGUGCCUGCACGGCCGUGUUUCACACUGAAUGACAGAGUGAGGGAGAGAGAGAGAGAGAGAGAGAGAGAGAGAGAGGGAGAGGGGAGGCUCACAGGGAAGCUCUGAGGGGCAACAGAUCUGGUUUGCUCGGCUGAAAGACCAAACAAGAGAUGGAUUUUUGCACAACGUGAGAGAGGAGCAGCUGCUUCACAUAAGAAAAAUAAAGUCAGGAUGUCUGGGAUUGACGUUCCGUUGAUGGACCAAAAUGAGACCGGAAUCUCGUCAGUAGACAAUGGGACUUUCCUCCGUUUCUCCCCGACCUCUGCCUCCACAUCUGCGGCCGCCUCAUCUCCAGGGCGUCCAGGGAAUGUUUAUGUUUAUGUAUGGCUCUUUCUCGGCCUGCUGGUGUUCCUUCUGACGCUGCUCGUCAUCUCCCUGCACAGGCUCAAGAACAUCAUCUCCUCCUCUUCCUCUGUCCCCGACUGCAGCAGCGAGGGAGGAAGCUCCUUCACCAACAUGGAGAUAUGUAGCAUCUCAUCUCAGAGGUCCACCAUCUCUGCACUCUCCACCUGAGGGAUGUGGGAGGGAGCACAUACACUACAGACAUAUGCACAUGUGCUCUCAUUUGUGCAUGCUCAUGCAAACAAAGGCAAGCAUGCGCACACAUAUAAAGCACACAGAGGUCCAGCACCUCCUCACUGUGACAUACAAACACAAAAACCUUUUGUCAGCCCCAAAGAAGCUGACAUAAUGGCAUUACAGUUCGUGCAUGCAUAUUCUAAUUCUGGCGGGGCCUUGCAAUCUGCAUAGGCACAGGGGAAAUAUCGCUCAUAAUGUGAUGAAGAGGUCUUGAAGGGUGAGUGUGAAUGCACCCUUCUGAGUCUUACUUUCACAAUUAAGACAAAUGAAUCUGAGAUUCUGCUUUCCCUUUGCGGGGAACAGCAUAAUGAGGGACUCAUUAUCUUUUCUCCUCUUUUUUCUUUUUGUCAUUUCUCGUAUUCCACUCGUGUUCAACUUAGAAGAAAUACUAUUGUUGAAGUGAAGCUUUGUACAGCAUGCUUCAUAAUGUCUGUAGACUACAUUGCAAACUCGGUAUAAAAAUCCUAUUAAAGCUCUUUAACUUUG